GGAAGUGGAAGCCUCGGCUGAGGUCAGAAGGCGGAGCCGCUGCCUGGAGACGGCGGGAGCUCGUUCGCCAUGGCUGCCGGCCCGAUCUCGGAGCGGAACCAGGAUGCUACGGUGUACGUGGGGGGCCUGGAUGAGAAGGUCAGCGAACCCCUCUUAUGGGAGCUGUUCCUCCAGGCAGGGCCAGUAGUCAACACUCACAUGCCAAAGGAUAGAGUCACCGGCCAGCACCAAGGCUACGGCUUUGUGGAGUUCUUGAGUGAGGAAGAUGCUGACUACGCCAUUAAGAUCAUGAACAUGAUCAAACUCUAUGGGAAACCCAUCCGAGUGAACAAGGCAUCAGCUCACAACAAAAACCUGGAUGUGGGGGCCAAUAUUUUUAUUGGGAACCUGGACCCAGAGAUUGAUGAGAAGCUGCUUUAUGAUACUUUCAGCGCCUUUGGGGUCAUCCUACAAACCCCCAAGAUUAUGCGGGACCCUGACACAGGCAACUCCAAGGGUUAUGCCUUCAUUAAUUUUGCGUCAUUUGAUGCUUCGGAUGCAGCGAUUGAGGCCAUGAAUGGGCAGUACCUGUGUAACCGCCCCAUCACCGUGUCUUAUGCCUUUAAGAAGGACUCGAAGGGUGAGCGGCAUGGCUCAGCAGCUGAAAGGCUCCUGGCAGCCCAGAAUCCACUCUCCCAGGCUGACCGCCCUCACCAGCUGUUUGCAGAUGCACCCCCUCCACCUUCUGCCCCCAAUCCUGUGGUGUCAUCACUGGGGUCUGGGCUUCCUCCACCAGGGAUGCCUCCUCCUGGCUCCUUCCCACCCCCAGUGCCACCACCUGGAGCCCUUCCCCCUGGCAUACCCCCAGCCAUGCCGCCACCACCUAUGCCUCCUGGAGCUGGAGGGCAUGGCCCCCCAUCAGCAGGAACCCCGGGAGCAGGACAUCCUGGACAUGGACAUUCUCAUCCCCACCCAUUCCCACCAGGUGGGAUGCCCCAUCCAGGGAUGUCUCAGAUGCAGCUGGCCCACCAUGGCCCCCAUGGCUUAGGACAUCCCCAUGCGGGGCCCCCAGGCUCUGGGGGACAGCCACCACCCCGACCACCACCUGGAAUGCCUCAUCCCGGACCCCCUCCAAUGGGCAUGCCCCCAAGAGGGCCUCCAUUUGGCUCGCCCAUGGGUCACCCAGGUCCAAUGCCACCGCAUGGCAUGCGAGGACCUCCUCCGCUGAUGCCUCCGCAUGGAUACACUGGCCCGCCACGCCCUCCACCCUAUGGCUACCAGCGGGGGCCCCUUCCUCCACCCAGACCCACUCCUCGGCCUCCAGUUCCUCCCCGGGGCCCUCUGCGAGGCCCUCUCCCUCAGUAAAUCCUCACUCUCCUGUCUUCUGUUUUAGUUUCCCAGUAUCUUCCGGAUUCCUUGGACCAAUCAGAGUUGCUGUAGCUCCCUGGAGCUAAGGCAGUAAUUACUCUCAGGCCUUUCUCCUUUUUUUUUUUAAAGUAACUUUUACCACAGGGGGUUUGUCUUUUUUUUUUCUUUCUAUGCUG